AUGGAAUUGACUUCAUCUUCGCACACAAGUCUUGCCGGAAAUCUUGCCUUGAUUGGCUUCACUUUUGGUGAAGCUCUGGUGACAAUGUUUGCUUAUCUGGCUCGUGGUUGGCUACUUCUCAAAUGGAUUAUUAGUGGUUAUUUUGCUCUUGUUUUACCAUAUCUUUACUUUGUUCCUGAAUCACCGUAUUGGUUAUUUAGUACACAAAAGUACAAUCAACUUGAACAUUGUCUCAACACAAUAGCUACGAAGAAUGGCCGUACACAUGAUCAAUGGCAUCCAUAUUAUAUUCAGUUGAUUCAUGAUCCUGACAUUGCCAUGCGACACGCUAAACACGCAGCACGAACAACGAGGGAAAAGUUUCUAAUGCAUAUACCUCGAUUGAUUAUUUGCGGAUUACUUGGUUUUGUUACCAUGCUUUUGUAUAUCAAAAUUUCUUACGGGCUUAGUGCCAUGAACGAUGCAGUGAACCCAUAUUGGAAUAACAUCAUUGGUGCAGCCGUCGAAAGUAUUGGAUAUAUAAGCGUUAGUAUUUUGAUUACUACACGACUUGGAAGAAAGUAUUCGUUGAUGAUCUAUUUGUUGUUAACAUCGAUCUGUGUAUUCAUAAUUCCAUUCAUUACAAAGCCGCUUCCUGUCUUUACUGUUGUUAUUUCACAGAUAGGAAAAUUGACGAUCAGCGGUGCUGUGUCAAUCACCUGGGUUUAUGUGCCAGAGAUGUUUUCAACAUCUAUGCGUGGUUUAGCCAAUGGUGUCUUUGUGUUUGUGGGACGAUGCGGAGCUAUUAUAGCACCUAUCAUUGACGCUGCUGUCAGCGAUGAAAAAUUAAAAAUCACAUUUUAUGUUUAUGCCUCUUUGACGAUUAUUUUGACGGGUAUAAUCUAUUUCCUACCUGAAACACGCAAUCGAUCAUUUCAUACAGAUGAAGAUGAAGAAAAAAGUAAAAAUGACGAUGAAAUACAAACCGAUACUAGUAACGAAAACAAAAAUGGAACAAUUAUGAAUUGCAUGAGAAUACUACGGGUCUUUCGAAGUAACCGAAUCGAUAAUCUAUAG